AUGGAGGUUACAGACUUUUUGCAAAUAAAGCAGUUUAUUUCAUCUGGUGGUUGUUCCAACACUGCGGUGCAACAGUGUGACUUUCACGUCGCGUACCUUGUCACUGACGCGAGCAGCAUCUUGGGCCUCCGCGUGUACCGCACGGCUGAAUGGAGCGGUCAGGGAAGCGAGUACCAUGGCAGUGUGACCCAUCCGAACAUACCGUACACAAUUUAUGUUCACGACAACCAUCUGCUCCUCGUUCCCCGCGCAGUCGACAAGCUCCACAAGGAGCUCCGGGAUUUCCGCCACAACCACCGGCGCUUCACCCUGCAGCUCUCCGAUGACUGGCUCGAGGCCUACCAGAAGUACAACAUGCCGCCUAUCUUCGCUGCCCGAAAGGUCAACUUCGGAUUCAAUGAAGAUAAGGGCGUCGUCGUGGCCGCCUUGCUAGGGCCUGGCAGCAACCUCAUCCCCUACUGGAACAUCAGCAGUAUGCUGCGCGGGAGAAAGACUGUCAUCUGCGUCCAUUUCAUGUAUGGGACGCCGGAUCCUGAGGGGCGCUACCAGAUGAUGUUGAUGGAUCUGGACCAAGCUGCUUGA